AUGUCCACAUUCAAUGGCUUAGAAAUAACAACAGCCUCAAUAGUCGCCGCACUAGCGAGCGAAGGAGCCAUCCACCCAAUAGACACAGUAAUAACACGCAUGCAAUCCCCGAUGUACAGCAGCGUCUACAAGCACCUAAACGGCACACUUAGCCGCGCCCUCUUCAGCGGGCUAUACCAAGGCUUCGGACCAACCUUCUUUGCAGGAACACUCUCAUCAGCUGCUUUUUUCACCGCAUACGAAGCCUCAAAGACGGCGUUUAGCAAUGCACAGGCCGCCGGAUACGUGCUCGGCGUCCCGCGGCCGCUGAUCCACGUUGUUAGCAGUGCUGUUGCCGAACUACUCGCUUGCGCUAUCCAGAACCCGGCUGAAGUGUUGAAGCAGAAUGCUCAGGUUUUUCAGCGCCCAGUUAAUGCGGACAGGGGUCCGUCCCCGACGAUGGAGAUGUUGCGGCGGUUUCAGAAAUAUCCGGCUGGGUUGUGGGCCGGGUAUAGUACAUUAGUGGCGAGUCAAUUGCCGGGUAUGUGUGUUACGUUCUGUUUGUAUGAGAUGUUUAAGGAGGAUUUGCUUGAGCGGUGGAGGACGGGGAAAGAUGAUAUUAGACAGCAGCUGGAGGCGACUGUCUUGGGUGCUGGUGCUGCUGGGGGUUGUGCGUCUUGGUUGUUUGUUCCUAUUAAUGUGGUCAGGACGAGGAUGAGGCUGGCGGUUGGUGAUCAGAUAGGCAGCACCCGGUCGGGUCUCAAGGGAAACCCUAGCUUGCCAUCCCGUGUCGGGGCAUUUGCGAUUGCUCGGGAUGUGCUACGGAAGGAGGGUGUAGCUGGGUUAUUUCGGGGAUCUGCUUUGACCUGCGUGGCAGCGAUUGUGGGGAGUGGACUCUAUAUUGGGUGUUAUGAGGGGACGAAGAUAUACUUGUGCAAUUAUCAAGUCUCAUAG